CAGAAGGUGCAGCCUGUGUUGGUGGUGGUAAUUUUGUCCAUCAAAUGAAUAUAUGUGAAAACAUUUCCUCCUUCUGCCCUACAGGUCAGUAUGGUUGCAGUGGAGCAUCAUCAUUCCUCAGGAUUGCCCUACUCGCCCUACCUCAUGGCUGAACCUUUAAGACAAUGCAUGGGCCACCAGCCACCUGCUCCAUCUCAGUAUCAUCUGGGAGCUCAACCACUUCCAUCAGCUAAAGGUUUUCUGGGACCUCUGACUAUUUCUCAACUCGAGUGUCCCCUAGGACCUCAACCACCUUCUACAACUGAUGAUUUUCUGAGACGACAGACACCUCCAUUCGAGUGUCCCCUGGGACCUCUACCAUUUUCUCCAGCUGAUGAUUUUCUGAGACCACAUAUAUCUCUGCUCGAGUGUCUUCUGGUAUCUCAAUCACCUUCUCCAGCUGUUGAUUUUCUGAAACCACAGCCACUUCCCCUUGAGUGUCUUCUGGUACCUCUUCCACCUUCUCCAGUUGAUGAUUUCCUGAGACCACAGACCCCUCCAGUCGAGUGUCCUCUGGGACCUCUACCAUUUUCUCCAGCUGAUGAUUUUCUGAGACCACACACACCUCCCUUCAAGUGUCUUCUGGUACCUCUUUCACUUUCUCCAGUUGAUAAUUUUCUGAGACCAGAGACAUCUCCAGUCAAGUGUCCCCUGCGACCUCUACCAUUAGAUUUUCUGAGAACACAGUUAUCUCCCCUUGAGUGUCCUUUUGUAUGCCUUCCACCUACUCCAGUUGAUAAUUUUCUGAAACCACAGACACUUUCCCUCAAGUGUCCCCUAGGACCUCUACCAUUUUCUCCAACUGAUGAUUUUCUGAGACCACAGACAUUUCCCAUCGAGCGUCUUCUGGUGCUUCUUCCACCUUCUCUAGUUGAUGGUUUUCUGGGACCACAGACACCUCCCGUCGAGUGUCCUCUGGGACUGCGGCCAUUUUCUCCCGCUGAUGAUUUUCUGAAACGACAGACAUCUCCCCUCAAGUGUCUUCUGGUACCUCCACCACCUUCUCCAGCUGAGGAUUUUCUGAGACCGCAGAUAACUCCCCUGGAGUGUCUUCUGACACCUCCUAUCGAGUGUCGCCUGGGACCUCUACCAUUUUCUCCAGCUGAUGCUUUUCUCAGACUGCAGACACCUCCCCUCAAGUGUCUUCUGGUACCUAUUUCACCUCCAGUUGAUGAGUUUCUGAUACCGCAGACACCUCCCCUCGAUUGUCUUCUGGUGCCUCAACCACCUUCUCCAGCUGAGGAUUUUCUGAGACCACAGAUACCUCCCUUCGAGUGUCACCUGGGACCUUGGCCAUUUUCUCCAGCUGAUGAUUUUCUGAGACCACAAUCACCUCCCCUCGAGUCUCCUCUGCUAUCUCUUCCACCUUCUCGAGCUGACGAUUUUCUGAGACCACAGACAACUCCCCUUAAGUGUCUUCUGGUUCCUUUUUCACCUUCUCCAGUUGAUGAUUUUCUGAGACCACAGACACCUCCUGUCAAGUGUCCCCUGAGACCUCGACCAUUUUCUACCACUGAUGAUUUUCUGAGACCACAGACACCUCCCCUCGAGUGUCUUCUGGUACCUCAACCACCUUCUCCUGGUGAGGAUUUUCUAAGACUGGAGACAACUCCCCUCGAGUGUCUUCUGAUACCUCUUCCACCUUCUCCAGUUGAUUUUCUGAGACCACAGACACCGCCCGUUGAGUGUCCCCUGGGACCUCGACCAUUUUCUCCAGCUGAUGAUUUUCUGAGACUCCCGUCAUCUACCCUCAAGUGUCUUUUUGUGCCUCUUCCACCUUCUCCAGUUGAUGAUUUUCUGAGACCACAGACACCUCCAGUCGAAUGUCCCAUUGGACCUCGACCAUUAUCUCCAGCUGAUGAUUUUCUGAGACCACAGUCGUCUCCCAUCGAGUGUCUUUUGAUACCUCUUCCACCACCUACUCCAGUUGAUGAUUUUCUGAGACCACAGACACCUCCCAUUGAGUGUCCCCUGGGACCUCUACCAUUUUCUCCAGUUGAUGAUUUUCUGGGACCACAGACACCUCCAGUCGAGUAUCCCCUGGUACCUCUACCAUUUUUUGCAGCUGAUGAUUUUAUGAAAUCACAGACUCCUCCCCUCGAGUGUCUUCCGGUACCUCAGCCACCUUUUCCAGCUGAGGAUUUUCUGAGACUGCAGACACCUCCUGAGUGUCUUCUGGUACCUCUUCCACCUUCUCCAGCUGAUGAUUUUCUGAGACCACAGACCCCUCCAGUUGACUGUCCCCUGGGACCUUUCCCAUUUUCUCCAGCUGAUGAUUUUCUGAGACUGCAGACACCUCCCGAGUGUCUUCUGGUACCUCUUCCACCUUCUACAGCUGACGAUUUUCUAAGACCACUUCCCACAGACGGUCCCCUGGGACCUCGCCCAUUUUCUCCAGCUGAUGACUCUCUGAGACUGCAGACACCUCCCGAGUGUCUUCUGGUACCUCUUCCACCUUCUCCAACUGAUGAUUUUCUGAGACCACAGACCCCUCCAGUUGCCUGUCCCCUGGGACCUUUCCCGUUUUCUCCAGCUGAUGACUCUCUGAGACUGCAGACACCUCCCGAGUGUCUUCUGGUACCUCUUCCACCUUCAGCUGAUGACUCUCUGAGACUGCAGACACCUCCCGAGUGUCUUCUGGUACCUCUUCCACCUUCUCCAGUUGAUGAUUUUCUAAGACCAUAGACCCCUCCCGUCGACUGUCCCCUGGGACCUCAGCCAUUUUCUCCAGCUAAUGAUUUUCUGAGACCAAGACACCUCCCCUCGAGUGUCUUCUCGCACCUCAGCCACUAUCUCCAGGGGAUGAUUUUCUGA